GGACACAUUGUUAUUAACUGCCAAUUCAGUUUCAACGUAUAUUGGAGGGGAACUCACUCUGUGUAGAAAUAUUCGACUCUUCAUCCAAUGAUAACUCUAAAGCUCCUCCCUCCAUUUCCUUCACAAAACCCUUACUUCAACUCUGUCCACUCUAUUAACUUCAACCCUUUAUCUAAAACCCUUCAAUUCAACCACACCCUUUCAGAAUUCUUGUUAAAACCCCCACAGUGUCGAUCUUUCAAGCAGUCAGGCUGUAGAAAAUCUCAAUUUCAGAGCUUUAAAUGCAGUGGGGUUAAAGAUUCCAACGAAGAGACUAAUAAGGUUGUCUUGGACCAUGGCCGUGGCGGAGGUGGUGAUGGUGAUGGUGGUGGUGGAGAUGAUGAAAAGGCGGAGAAGCAAAAUGGGUUUCUCCCAGAAUGGCUGGAUUUUAGUUCAGAUGAUGCAAAAACAGUUUUUGCAGCAUUGGCUAUAUCGCUUGCCUUUAGGUCCUUUGUGGCUGAGCCUAGAUAUAUUCCUUCUUUGUCUAUGUAUCCCACUUUCGAUGUUGGAGAUCGACUUGUUGCUGAAAAGGUCACUUACUAUUUCAGAAAGCCCUGUCCCAACGACAUAGUUAUUUUCAAGAGUCCUCCAGUGCUUCAGGAAGUAGGAUACACUGAUGAAGAUGUCUUUAUUAAGCGGAUUGUUGCUAAGGAAGGUGAUCUUGUGGAGGUGAGGUCACAACAUACAAAACUGUUAUACUACUUCAUAGUGACAGAGCAAAUUAUAAGGUCGACAGCAAACCUGGGGCAGAUCUACCUCAUAUUUGAGUGUCGUGCGAAAAUGUGAAAACUUCUCACUUAUUUUAUACUGCUUCAAGAAUGUAAAUAUUAAGUAGUUCAGACAUCUUUGCACUUCUCUUUUCUUUCGAAAUCCAAUUCUACCCUCUUCAACAGCCAGACCAGUCAUGAAAUUUAGGGUUGGUAUUUUUUGUCAUAAUCCCCUGUAUCUUGUGUUUGGAAAGUGGAGGUCUUUCUCUGUUUCUAUUCAUGUGAUGGUAAUACCUAAGUGCCAUUGCCUCCAGAAUAUCUUGAUGUUUAAUUUGUGCCGUCACGGUAACUUGCAACCAAUAACACAUUGUUGAUAGCUACUUUACUUUGUAACAUUGAGAUGUUUUUCCAGUAUCCUCUCUUGCAGGAGAAUGCAUGGUCAAAUUUGUCUAACAAAGUUGGCUUACUGGUUUUAAGCGACAACAAAGUUUAUCUAGUCAGUUGCUGGUCUCGGUUAUGCUCUCUUUUGGCAUCUAUAUUACUCCCUGCAUCACCUUUUGAAUUACACCUUUGCUUGUCAUCUACCCCAAAGUAGUGCCUACUUUCCCAGAAAAGAAAACAUGCAUUUAAUCCUGUAUGAAAAAGGUAACAGGGAACCCCUUUUAAACUGUCCAAUACUAACUUUACCCUUUCCUUACGCAACAAGAAACAACUCAAGUUUUACAGGUUUAAUCAUCUGAUUAUUAAUUUCCAUCCUCUCUUUAUCAUUAUGCCGAGUGAAAAUAAGAGACUCAGUUUUACAUGGACGGAGAAAGGAUUUUUCUAUUUAAACCUCACCAGACUUUUGUAUUAUCCAAGUCUUGCUCUACGAAGGUUGGGGGAAAGGUUUUUCUUUCUCUUUUUGAUUCAACAAAGAACGCCAGUGGACUGCGAUUUUUCAAAUCAUAUUCGUAGAUUUGCAUUAUUUGAAUUCUCAGAGGAAAAAAUGGAGAGGACUAAUGGUAUUGAUUCAAACUUGCCUAGCUGUUUCUCUUCAUGCACAUGACAAUUAUUACAUAUUCUAUUUACCAGAACAACAACUAGUAAUUAUGGUUCUAUUAUUUUUCAAUGUCAGGUCCACUCUUAUUAGCAUUUCUUUAUACUACAUUAUCUCUUCUUUCCCCAACGAUAGAUUAAUUCCUAUUAUAUUUUCAUAUACUGCAGUAAUUACCAAUAUGAUCUCCAAUAGUGCAACUGAGGUCAUUUGCAAAACGCAUGUUCCUGUUUGGUUCACAUUUGCAUUUAUAUGAACCAAUUCCUGGCAACAUAAAUGUAGUAUUUUGGAUUAUUCUUUCUA